AUGUUUUUAUCGUUGCGAGCUGCGGUAUUAUUAGCGGCGGCACCGCGCGCGGCAGAGCGGGGCAGGGCCGGCGGAGGGGCGGCGGGGCGGCGGGGCGGCGGGGCGGCGGAGCGGUGGGGCCUCGGGGCGGGCGGGCAGGGCCGGCCCGAGGGGGGCAGAGGGGCAGGCGGGCAUCGUAGGCUCCGCCCCGCCGCGCGCCAAUCCGCGCCGCUGUGGAGGGGCGCGCGGGCCCCUCGCCUCUAUUUACUCUUUCAAUCAGUGCGAGUGUUUGCCCCUGGCCGGCGUGCACGCGCGGGUGAUGCGCUAGCCAUGAUCUCGCAGAAACUGUCGUACGGCGACGUGCCGACGUCCGCGUCGCUGUCCUCGCUAUCGCCGGGCCUCGCGCCGCCCUACGUCAACGGUAUGGGCUGCAUGCCGGCGCAGCCCUACCCGAACUUGUACGCGAACAACAUGGUGGCCGGCGGCUCCUGCAUGGGAUCCCCGGGCGUAGGCUACUCGCCGCCCAGCACCAUGGCCUCCUGCAUGGGCGGCGGCGGAGUCCCCUACGGCUCCUUGCCCAGGGAACAGGAGGCCGCGUCUCCGACAUCAGCGCUGCAGCGGGCGCGGAACGACAAAACCUACCGCCGCUCCUACACGCACGCGAAACCGCCCUACUCGUACAUCUCGCUCAUCACAAUGGCGAUCCAGAACAGCUCCACGCGGAUGCUCACCCUCUCCGAGAUCUACCAGUUCAUCAUGGACCUGUUCCCGUUCUACAGACAGAACCAGCAGCGCUGGCAGAACUCGAUAAGGCAUUCGUUGUCGUUCAACGACUGUUUCGUGAAAGUGCCGCGCACGCCGGACAAGCCCGGCAAGGGCUCCUUCUGGACGCUGCACCCGGACAGCGGGAACAUGUUCGAGAACGGCUGUUUCCUGCGGCGGCAGAAGCGGUUCAAGGAUGAGAAGAAGGAGUCGAUACGACAGGCGCAGAAGGCGUCGCAUCCUCACGGGCCGCACGGGCACGAGAAACGCGGCGAGCAUACGCAUGAGAAAGCGCCCGCCGAGGAGAAAGAGAUGAGGGACGAGCUGCUGGCACAGCUGCAUGCAGCCCCUGAGCUAUGCCUACCGGAGCACACUCCGUUGGCGUUGGAACACUACGCAGGCCUCAAACAAGAGCCAGCGGGAUACGCGCCGCCGCCGCAUCCCUUCAGCAUCACCAGACUACUCCCGGCGGCCGACUCAAAAACUGACCUGAAAAUGUACGACGUCAACUAUGGCUACGGCCACGCGCCCGCAGAGAACUACUACCAGUCGCCGUUGUACCACCACCAUCACGCGCACGCGCAGCCGCCCUUGUGA